AUGUUCCAUGGAAUAAUUAAGCUUAAACCUCAAGUUGGUUUGUUAUUAAAAUCAAGGAUCAAGUCACCAUCUACUCUCAGCACAAUGCAGAUGCUCACCACUGUAUUGUUGCCAUUAACUGAUGCCAGAACUCUACCAAAUACUGAAACUAUAACAUCUUUUUUAAAAAAAAUAAAAAUAAAAUUUAUCAAUAUCUUUCUUUACUAUCUUACCUAUAUGUGCAUCUCAAAAGCAUAUUUCCUAACUGGAGUAGAAAGUCAGAUUGCUCAAUCACUUCUCCAUUUGAACACUCUAGUUCUGACUUGCAGAGUCAAGCUCUCCCCUAUUUGCUAA